AUGGCAGGCGGAGGCUACCACCCAUACAAGGCCGAUCCGGCGCUCGACCGAUGGCAGAACAUGCACUCGACCAUGUACCAGCGCUUCCGCCUCACACCCUCCAAAGCACGAAACGUCUUCAUCUGGGGCCUGACUGUGCCCGUGCUCACCUGGUACGCUGCCUCAUACACGGAUGACCGAUGGGAGUUGCGAGGCAAGACACGUCAAGACUCGCUGCUUCGUCACGCUCCCGCUGCUCCUGCGGCAGAGGGCGCUGACGAGGAGUAA